GCGCUCGGAGAAAGGAGAAUCUAGCCACUCACGCGCUCCCGAGCACACGGGACGCCGAGCCAUUAGCGCGCUCUCGCGCAAAGCGCACGCCGAUUGGCUCGAAUGGUGACAAAGGGCGUGGCGCCGCAGGGUAGGCACUGUCGGUUUGCUGAGAGAUGGUGCCAGUACGGUGUACUCAGAGCGAGAGAAGGGGAAACUACGAUUCCCAGCAUGCAUUGCACCGACCCCGCCGCCGGGCCCUUUAAAAAUUGCAUCACCACGUCCGAGAAGAGCUCAGAUGCCUGUACUGCUGUGAACAGAAAGAGCACUAGGUAUGGAGAGCUUGAUGGCUGGCUCAUCCCUACCCCCACUGUUUGCAGAUGAUGAUGGCUCAAAGGAGAGCAGUGAUAUGCCCACAACUGGGUUAGCCCACUCUGAGGGGUCAUACGGUGGAGGAGCUUCGCAGUCUGUGAACAAUCCAGAGUUUGUGGAGGACUUGUCACAAGUUCAGUUGCUGCAAAAUGAGUCUUCUAAUACAGCUGAAAGCAGCGAGCAGAGACUUGAAGAAGAGCAAAGAACUAAACGAGGAGGCUGGUCCAAAGGGAGAAAGAGGAAGAAACCCCUUAGGGACAGCAAUGCCCCGAAAUCCCCCCUCACAGGGUAUGUGCGAUUCAUGAAUGAGCGUAGGGAGCAGCUUCGAGCGAAGAUGCCUGAAGUCCCUUUCCCAGAGAUCACCAGGAUGCUGGGCAAUGAGUGGAGUAAGCUGCCUCCUGAGGAGAAACGGCGCUACCUUGAUGAAGCAGAUAGAGAUAAGGAACGGUACAUGCGGGAACUGGAGCAAUACCAGAAGACAGAGGCCUACAAAGUCUUUAGCAGGAAAGCACAAGACAGACAGAAAGGCAAAUCACACCGACAAGAUGGAACGCGACAGACUGCCCACGACCAUGAGAAAGAAGCAGACACGAAGGAGAGGUCUGUUUUUGAUAUCCCAAUCUUCACAGAAGAGUUCCUGAAUCACAGCAAAGCACGGGAAGCAGAGCUGCGCCAGCUGCGUAAAUCCAACAUGGAGUUUGAGGAGAGGAACGCUGCCCUGCAGAAGCACGUGGAGAGUAUGCGCACUGCUGUGGAGAAGUUGGAGGUGGAUGUGAUCCAGGAGCGCAGCCGGAACACAGUGCUGCAGCAGCAUCUAGAGACCUUACGGCAAGCACUCACCAGCAGCUUUGCCGGAGUCCCACUACCAGGCAGUGGGGAGACACCCACAAUGGACACCAUUGACUCGUACAUGAACAGACUGCACGGUAUUAUUCUGGCUAAUCCACAGGAGAAUGAGAAUCUCAUAGCCACAGUCCGAGAGGUUGUAAACCGGCUUGAUCGCUAGUGACUUGGGUCUCCUGGCCCAGGGGUGUCUUACAAAAGUGAUUCAGCCAGUGAGGAAUGAAAAGCCAUGGUGGAAACAGACUGAAGGUUGGAGGCAGGACUUCAGGAUCUGUCCUGGUCCCUGCCUAAGCAAACUGUUUAAUGGGGCAAACUGUUUAAUGAAUUAAAAGCUCCUAUGAAGCCACAGGCACCAGCCACUAAACAUUUGAACUAUCCUCCAUGUAAAGCUUUCAGAGCAUGUGACUACCAUACAAUCAUCAGUUUUCCAUCAUUUCAGCUGGGUGGGGGGAUACCCACACACUCUGUGGACUGGACAACAAUGGCGGUGAAUCUGCUUCCAGUCUGUGUAGGGGAGGCAGCCUUCGUGUUGUGGUAAUAGAGCUUUGAAAUGUUAUGUUGCUUUGUAUCUCUUCAUCCUUUCUGUGGGGUUUCCUUCUCCCUUUCCAGUUCUCCUUUUGUCCUUUUCUUGUUAGUUGAUGUUUGCUGCACUGUAUAGCAACACCUGUAUUUUUUGCUGUGAUAGACACAGCCUUCCUUACUACCCUGCCUGUCGUGUCUUCAGUGCAAGCUUCUCUUUUUUGAUCUAGGCUGCAUCUCGUACAAUGAGGUUCCUUCCUGCUGGUAUUGGCUGUGGCUGGCACUUCAUGAUGAGUGGCCCCGAAGGAAGGGCUCUCUCUUCCCCCCUCCCAGCUACUCUUUCCAAGAUCUCUGCUGCACAUAUACGGUGUCCUGCUUCUCAGCAAGAUUCCAGUGUUCCUAUCUAUUGAAAGUGUCUGGUGCAGCAUUUUACUGCUGAAAAGGUCAGCAGUAAUCAAGAGAGAAAGUGAAAGGCUGGCUUCUCUCAGCCAGCAGGAAAAGUACAAAACUUUAUUUUAGACUAAAAUAAAACACGUCGCUUUUCUGUCCCCUGAUAUGUUGCUUUGUCUAAUAUUAUGUGAGCUGCAGCCUGCUUGAGCGAAUUAAUUAUGUUCCAAGUCGUCUCUCCACCACAAAGGGAAACAGGCAGGGGAAUUACAUUUCCCUCUGCCCAUCUGCUGUUGUAGUGCUAAGGAACCAUUUUUAUAAAAGAGGCCUGCAAUGAAGUGCAACCGCAGAGAGCAACUUUAGCAGAGGUGAGCAAAUUGUGGUGCAUAGAAUUCCGCAGUGCAACCCAUGGCUACCCUCACCUUUAAUAUAAAAGUGCAUCUUCUGGAGACUACUGCUUCCUGCAUGGGAUGUUCCAGCUUCAUCUGAGUGACCUUUCACUCAUGGCAAAUGUGUUUUUGUGUGCUGAGAUCUGUAGUUUCUCUGAAUUGCACCUCACCUGCUUGUCAAAGAUGAAGACGUCUACUGUCUGCACCGUCUUAUGGAAAUUAUUUGCAGCCCUUGGGCUCCUGUCAAAUUAUUAGUUCAGGCUUCAGUUGAGAACUUCUUGAAUACCCUUGGGCUUUAUUAUGAUGGUCCAAACAUGCUCUCCGUUCUGCCUGCCAUCUUCCUACUCCUCCUCCAGAAAAUCUUGGGACUUUUCCUAUCAUGAAUUGGGAAUGCUUUUAUUACCUUACUAUGCUGAUGCAAGCAAGAACAGUUUCAUGGAUCUGCAGUGUAAGCAUCUGCCCAAUUUUAUAUUUGAAGAUUAAAAAGUAGUUCCCUCUUUUCUACUCUUUAGUGCAUGCUGCACAGAUUUCACAUUUGCUUGAAGCCAUCUCCAAGUCAAAGCCAUCUGUACAGGGUCUCACUCACUCCUUGCCUUGCAGCUGCUACCUUCACUGCAGCCAAACAGCAAGGGUUUGCUUGUAAGCUCAAGUCUUCCUUCAGGGAGGGACGCGUUUUUGUAUUUUCUCUCAUCAUUUUUCAAGACUUCACCCACAAGAGCUGCAACUUGGGGCAUUGACUUUCUUUUUCCUUAACAAAGGCAAGACCUAAGUUCCCUGUAAGCUGUGCAGCCUCACAGCAUUCUAUUUAGCGCUGCGCAGGUGCUCGGGGUACCCUCCCGAGGACCUGCCACAGCCAGGGCGGCCCGGGCCCAGGGACAACCGAAUUAGGCCUGGGCACAGCCAGGGCAUCGCAGGUUGGCCCGGACCCUGGGGUGGCCCUCCCCAGGCCCAGACCUGCUGGGGCUGGGGGAGGGGCACCUAUCCUGCAGCCCCAGCUCCAGAACUGCCACGGCAGGGAGAGACGCCUUUCCCCGCCCCAGCCCAGGUGCUGCUGCAGGGAGGGAGAGCUAGGGGGAGUCCCCUCUCCCAACUGUAGCCAAGGAGCACCCUCCUGCACCCCAAACCUAUCAUCCUCAGCCCCACCCCAGAGCCCGCACCCCCAGCUAGAGCCCACACACCUUGCACCCAAUCCUCUGUCCCAGCCCUGAGCUCCUCAUCGCCGCCCCACCCGAGAACCUGCACCUCCAGCCGGAUCCCUCAUCCCCUGCACCCAACCUCUGCCCCAGCCCUGAGCCCCCUCCCAUGCUCUGAACCCCUCGGUCUAACCCCCACCACAUGAAUUUUGUUAUGUGCACCAAUAUGAAAGUGAUUCAUUCUGCACAUGGAUGGGAAAAAUUCGAGGGAACACUGAGCGAGACCAGCAGAUGUUAGCAUGAACUAGUUCUGAAUUCUGUAGUGAACAAGUUGUGGGAGAACAUCCUGUAGAUAAAUAGCAUCUCAGGAAAAAGCACCUCCGUCUCAUACCAUUUAGUAAUUGUGGCAAUUGACUGCUGUAUUGAAGUGGGAGUAGCCUAAGUGCAGUCCACAGCCAAAACCUGGGCCCACAGAGUUCUAACAAAUCAGUCAGUGGUAACACUUGUCUUUAAUACAGAGAUACACCCCAUGGAGACUCAAGGCCUCAGCAUUGUGAUGCAAGGGCUUGAUCCACUUUGUGUCCAUAAGCUGCCCUGUCUUACACAGACAUAGCUGUCAGCUCCUGGCACAUUGCCAACGUAUCUCUGUGUUGGGCAAAGCAUGCCUGUUCUUGGAUGGGAGAGUUAAGCAGGUACUUACUGUUAGCUGCAUGCUGACUGACCAAUCUUUCCCUUUUUCCCCAACACAGAGGAAGAGAGAUGUGAUGACACGGCCCAUUUUGAAGCAGCUGGGAUGGGGGGGUAUGGUUUGAGUUCUUGCUCUCCAACAAUAUUACAGAUGAUGUUUUGUCUCAUUAAGAAGCUUCAUAUCUGCACUGAUUUAUCCAAUGAAAAGUGAAUUUUGCCUUUUCAGUGUUUUUCAUGAGUGUCAUUGCAGUUUACAUUUUUCAGUGUGUUGGCUGACAAAAAAAAUUAAGUGGGUGGUGAGGGGAGGAACAGGGUCAGACAUUUUCUGUGCUCUGAGAAAUGUUAACAAAAACAUAUUAAAAUGGAGUCCAUUGGCUGGAUUAAUGUGUUUGGAAUUGUUGAAAUGCCAAGUUUUCUGUACAAGUGUUUUUGCAAUUAAAUUUUUAGACUUUCUUUGUUUAAGAAGAUGAUAUGCUUGCUUGACAUUUGCUUCAUUAAAACUGUUCAGCAUUGAA